AUGCCACAACUGGGAAUUGCUGAAGAAGAAACCAGAGCCGCAUCCAUUAAAAAUGUCGUUGUUGCUGGAGCAACUGGACAAACCGGAAGCCGAGUUUUCGAACGCUUGGUUGCGCAAAACUUCGUCACUACAGGAGGUGUUCGAAAUGUUGCAAAGGCCAGCAAGUCCCUGCAAGGAAACCUGAAACAAUUAGACGUCGUUGAGGACUCUAUUGAUAGCCUGACCGAAACCCUCAAGGGAGCUGAUGGGCUCAUUAUCGCAUGUGGCAUGAAUCCAGGCAAGAACCUUCUAAGAAUGUCUGCUGCCGCACAUGAAGUUGAUAAUCUUGGAACCUGCAAGCUAAUCUCCGCCGCCAAGAAUGCCGGAAUCAAAAAGGUUGCCAUGGUUUCCUCCAUUUUAACAGAUGGCAGGGCGUGGGGACAAGAAAACUCCCCUAGGUUUGUUGCUACCAAUGCCUUUGGUGGAGCACUCGACGAAAAGCUUGUCUCCGAAAAGUUUCUCCGAGCCAGUGGAUUGGACUAUACAAUUGUUAGACCAGGAGGAUUGAAGGCGAAGACCCCAACAGGAGAAUUGUUCAUCAAUUCUGAGAACACACUCAAUAGUGGAGAAAUUUCGAGAGACUUGGUCGCUGAUGUUAGCAUUGCUUGUUUGAACGACCCAAAAUCCUCUAACAAGGUUCUUGAAAUUUUCGAAGAUGAAGGAAAGCCAGCCAAGGUAUUCAAUGGGCUGGUUAUGUAA